AUGGAUCUCCAUCGUGUGGCCUGGCUGUGCACCAUUUUCUGCUUUGUGCAGGUUUGGCCAUUGUCAUUAAACUGCAUCCUCUACAAGCGCUUAAUGAAGACAUCAUACACACUUCUAGAAACAAUGGGGGGUCUUUUCCCUUUGCAAUGCCUGAAGGACCAUGUUUCCAUUUCUUUCCCCCAACAUGUGUUCCAGUCAAACAAUACGCAACAGGUUACUGUUGUCGAAAACGCUAUUUACAAGACAAUCCAGAAUAUUCACACAUUGUUUCAGAAUGGCGGAUUUCCUGACCAGUGGGAUGCGCAAAAGCUGGAUGACUUUCAAAACAUUAUAUACCGUCAGAUUGAGGAGAGCAAAUGUAUCAUGCAGAAGUCUGAAUCGACACAGGAUUUCCCUAGCAAAGAGUUUCCACUUAAAGCACACUUCGAGACCAUGUCUACAAUUAUGAAAGAAAAGGGUUUUAGUUACUGUGCAUGGGAAAUUGUGAGGAAGGAGAUUCUCGGCACACUGAAGUUCAUAUUGACGCAAAACUCCGACAUCAUGUUAUGA